UCGACAAGAAGGAAUUGAAGAAAUAAACCGAAAGGGAGUUAUUAUUGACAAAGAAGUACCGCUUAAAACUUAUCUUAAGUUUUGUAAAAGAGAACCACCCAUUUCUGUCAAACACCAUUUGAUCGAUGGAGAGAUUAAAGCCUAUGAAAUGCCUCUCGACCUUCAUGAAGCGGUACAAGGAAAGUUAACUGAUAUUAUGGAUAAUUGGAAUGAUCAGUUGCUGGUUUUUGGUGAAAUAGAUAUUAUUGUGGGUGCGGAUAGUAUCUAUCAUCCUGAUAUUUGUGUUCGACCAAUAAAUCGCCGACGACCUCAACUCGCAUAA